CACGUGAGGAUGACGGCGUUGGAACCCAUCGACACGCUACCUGCACAGCCCGUUGUGUGUGUGGUGAGCAGUUCGGCAAUAGUCGAAGUAAGCUACCCGCAGGACGGUCUCUGCGACGCUGUCAUCUUCAAUAAGGUCUUCUACCACAACGGCGUGGUCUCCGUAUCGCAAGCAGAAAACCACACGUACCAGGAGUUUCUUGGCGAGGCGGCCAAGUCCAAGCUUACAGCCUACAUGGUGGCCACAGACCGUUAUUUUUCCGUCUACGAGACGAUACCUGCGGCGCCCAACCUCGAAGCGCUGCGCAAGCAGAACGUGCGCGGGUUCGGCUUCCUCGGCAUACGUGUACAAAGCGCACAGGGGGUCAUGCUCGAGCAGCACACCAGACUCCUACGGUCACAGGUGGAGGACCUCAACAAUAUGCUAAAGGAGGUCGAAGUGACCGACUGCGCCCUCUUUCUUGGCCUAACCACAGAGGAACACAUGUUCAAGGACGACAUAGUUACAGCUGCAUUCAAGUCAGUCAUCAAAAGUGUUAAAGUGCACCUCUUGAUCAUCGAGAACAACCAACUGAAACACGACGACUGCCUGGGUAGCCCGAUCACAAUGUGGACCAAUGAAAGUACCAUCGCCUUUGACGAAGCGCAGGCGACCGCCGUCUGGAUGACGCAGUCGGGUAUGAGUCCAGCUUUGAGCCACACCGCGGUAGCCUUCUCCUCUUGGAUACCGGCCAUGCAGUUUAUACGGAGCCCCGACACUACCGUGCCGACUAUCAACGGCACCAGGCGGUGCUUCGUGUUCAGCCUCAGCCCAUACGACAAAAUGAUGUGCAGCCAACCAAGGAGAUAUCACAACGUGAGUGAUAUGUACUUCGCCAAGGACGAAUCGAUGCAAGGCGUCUACGUCUACGAGGAUCCCGAGAUCCUCAAGGAGAAGGUUAUGAAAGUCAGGCGUACCAUGAGCGGGACCACUACCAAUGUGGGCUGGGCAUUUUACGGUCUCGAGUACGAAGCCGAUGACGCUGGCCAAUGCGGACGCCGCUACGACCGCAUUCCUGCAGUUAAGACGGCGCUGCGGUCCUUGCGGGUCCUGCGUACCACCUAAUCACGCUGGAUUGAAAUCACCAGCGCUGACACACAUUUUCGCUCAACAAGUUUGAGCAUGAUAUGGCCAAAAUUAAAUGUGAAACAUGCAAACUGCCUUGUCGCGUCGGUUUUUGAGGCAGUUAAUAUGACAAGAAGGGAUUAUCGUAAAUU